AUGGCUCCAGGUCUGAGUCAGAGGAAAACAGUGAAGAUAUCAGGUCAGGAGUCACAGCAGAAAGAGCAAAGCACGCUAGCGAUGUCUGCGAGGAGUAACAAUGAUACAGAAGAUGGUUCAACGAGGAUAUGGGGAGGAUGGCGUAGCGGCAUACGGGAGAACACGUGGCGAGCCCUGGCAGCAGCACCACUGGAGACCCUGUCAAACAAGUACUUUCUAAUCUGGCCCAGUUGCAGGAUCACUUCAAGUACGCUUCGCACUGCAUCGUUCUUCUCAUCUUUCGGUCGACAGACAUUGCUCCUCCCUAAUCGUCACCUCUCCCUCUUUCCUGCUCUUCAUUUCAAUCUUCACUCUUGCAUUGUCAACUUCUUCAUCAAACCUCUCCCUCUCUCUCUCUCUCUCUUGUCGUGCAGCAGAUUUUCGUUGGUAAAUAUGGCGUGCUCCCAUGGCGAUAGUGCCGAGAAAUCCUUGCCGGAACAGCAUAAACAAGGAGCUGAGCAUCCCAGUUUUCUACAGAAGAUUAAAGACAAGCUCCACGUUGGACACAAGCACAAUGAUGAGGAUGCUGCAACCCAUGCAACAACCGAUUCGGCUAUUUCAAGCAAGAAUGCAACUACGGAACCUGUCUCUGCCUCAUCUGUGAAGGAAGAGCCGACGGCUGCCAAGCCACCUACGAGUAGCAGUGUAGGGGUAGAUCAACACCAUCAUGGACGACCGACAACGGAUUUGAGCGAGCCGGCAGGACAUGAAUCAGAGCACCAUGGUGGAGUGCCUACAUUUAUGGUAGCAUUGCCCGACCAAGAUAUUCCAGAAGAAGUCGCUCCAGUAACCGCGUCCAAGACGAGUGAACAGACCACGGGAGAAAUUGACUCCGAGGAGAUUUUCAGAAGAGCUCAACAAGGAGAGCACCAUCAUGGUGUACCCACAUUUUUGGUUGCCCUCCCGAAUCAAGAUGUUCCGGAGGAGGUUACCAAGGAGACGUCCGUGGGGCAGGAGGGGCAUGCUGAUUCUCAGAGGAAGGAACUCGACUCUGAAAAGCUGUUCAGCAGCGCUCAGCAAGGCGAACAUCAUGGGGGGGUGCCCACCUUUCUGGUAGCCAUUCCGGAUCAGGAAAUUCCCGACGUCGUCAAUCAGGAGGGGUCCAGCGCCAAUGCGCGGCAUGCGGACGGCGGGGAAGAAAUAGAUUCCGAGAAGGUGUUCAGGGAGGCUCAACAAGGAGAGCACCAUCAUGGAGUGCCCACAUUCCUGGUGGCUUUGCCGGAUGAAGGCAUUCCUGACCAGGUCUCCAAGGGCGUCGAUUCCACCGCCGACCACGAACCCUCGCAGUCUUAGCUUCACCUCGCUCACCUGCUCUAACUCCAGCUCUUACUCUUGUUAGUUUGUAUAUGGGACUCUCUUUCCGUUCUUUCUGUAAGCGAUCCCUUCUUUUUUCAACUAUUUCUGUGUAGUAUAUACUUCGUUCUAUUCAUUUUUUGUGCUGUUUUCUAGGUUACGCAUGACACUCUUGCCUUCACACGUUGGGCGUGCACUUUGUAGCCAUCUUGCAAAAUCGAUGUUCUGCUUGUCUGCUCUCA